AUAUAGGGCCAGUACCAGGGCAGCUGCUCACGCUCAUAACCGAAUAAAAUAUCCUCCUGCCCUUGGCGCCAAUAUCCUUCGUCUUCCUCUCUGACAGAUCGCGUAUUCUUUACUCGCUUCCCUGUUCUUGGCUUCACCUCGGCGAUGGCUGCCUCCGGCGGUGACAACGGUGGUGAUUCUCAAAUUCGGGAGAAGUUUCUUGAUCUCCAAAAACAGAUGGCAGCCACCAAAGAGAAAUUAAUAAAAUUGAUUGAACAUGCAAGCAAGGAGGGAGCGACAGAUGAUCAGAGAAAGGCAGCUUUAAAUGUGAAGAAGGAAUUCCAAGAUUUAAGCAAGAGUUUUCAAGAAUUCGCGGAUCACUCCUUCUCAACUGGUGUUCAGAAUCUUAAUCCUGCAGUGUUUGAAACAUAUGGCGGAUGGAUUCAAGAGGUCGCUCAACAAAUCGAUGAUGCUCGCGCUCUCUCGGUGGUUACCGGGCAUUAUGCCGAGUUUCUUGAUUUUCAAGAACGGAUGGAAACUACUAAACAGAAAGUACAGGAAAUGGCAGAUAGUCUGAAACGAGCAGCGGAAGAAAUGCAGAAGGAAUUCGAAGGGUUCAGCCAGAGGUUUCAAGAAUUUGUGAAUCAAUCCUGCCCAGUCGGUGUUCAGAAUCUUGGUCCUUCGAUGUUUCAAACGUUUAACCUAGGGAUUCAAGAAUUCGCACAUGAACUCAAUGCAAUCAAUGUGAGGUGCCAAAAUCCUCUGGUGUUAAGGAAUGUUCAGACGAUCGGGAUGACGGAAGAACAACAUCGGCUAACGGAUCUUCGAUUGUUCAGUUCCGUAGCUGGUCAAGCCACGCCUGAGAAUAUUGAGGCAGAGGCCUUGCUCCAAGCAGGACUCCAAGCGAUGGAAACUGAUAGUAGGAAAAUUCAGGAACAAGUUGAAGAACUGAAUAGUGAGAUCGGCUUCGAUUUUCUGAACUUAAAGCAAUCUAAAGCCCCCGUAGGUAGGUAUGGCUUACCUCCAUUACCUGCGAAGAAUCCAACACAGAAGCUGAGUCCCGGGGCAGCGGCUAGAAACAUGGCAAAGAAGAAACUGAAAGCCUUCAAUCGGCAACUAACAGGUACUGAUCGGAGUUUGACUGAUAUCAUAAUGGAGUUUUAUGGAUUUGAACAUAAGGAGGCAGAACAAAUAGAAAUAGAAGCUUCUUUUACAUUGGCCGGUUGGAAUGCACAUCAAGAUAGAACCACAGAGACCGGUCGAUUAGCAGGAGCAAAGAUAUUGAACUGGAAUGGAGUGAAUCGAACGAAGCAGCUGUUGCAAACAGCAAAGGCAAAGGAAGAUAAGAUUCCAGGAUUAAUGUUCAAGUUAUGGGUUUUUUGUCUGGAGACUCAAAUGUAUAUCCUUCUUCGUCAUCUCCGCACCAUGAUGCCAGGCAAUGAAGCAGCAAUGGACAGGCUCCGGCAACUGAGAACUUCCCUCAUGAGACUUAGAGAUGAUAAUGAUGGGAUGGUGCCGAUUGUAGUACACAGGAUCCUUGCAUCCAUGGCAUCAGAAAGGGCAGUUGAGAAAUUAGAUUUGGACAGAGAUCAGCACGAAGCAUUGUACAGAAGAUUGGAUUUUGAUAAGAUGAUUGAUUCAAUUGAAAACAUAAUUUUGUGGUUGAGACUUGUGCUGAUUACUUCCGGGCGUCCUCUUGCGCCAGUAAAUCAACCUGUGCUGACGGUCAGUGAGCAAUUGUUAGAGAAAGUUCAGGCGGAAAUGAGCAGAAUUGAAGGGAGAAUUAUUGAAGAAAGGAAGAAUGCUUAGAAAAAGAGGAAGGGAGAGGAUGAAGCUGGUGGGAGCUGGAGUGGGAGCAUUGAAAUGUCAUAGAAAGUCCAGGGAAAGAUGGCAUGUAGGGACUGGUGAGUUACAUGCUAUAUUUGAAUUCAUACUCAAAUUUAGACUGUAAAUGUGGAAAACUUGGUAGAUGCAUUAUUGUUUUCUCCUAUUGCUAUGGUGACGUUGUAGAUUGUUGAGUAUAAGAGUUUGUCAAUUUUGAGAUUUCGACUUGUGUCUAACAGAAGGAAAACCAAGUUCAUCUCUGUUACCAUAACAUUUCAUAAAGAUAAAAGAUGUGAAUUUUG